AUGAUUAAACAACAGCAACCACAGCAACUUAAGGCGCAAAACACCCAGGUCCUUCAGACCAUUACAUACGCCAUAUAUGCAUAUAAUUCAAAGACGGCAGAACAAACGCAAAGGUUGAAAUAUGGAGAUUUGGAGAUAGUAUUGAAAAAUGACCAUUUCGAAUUCGUUUGCAAAGGUGGUGCAGUGAUAUCAAAUAUA